ACUUCCUCAUCCUACCGUCGGUCGCAGCGAGGAGCCUUUCUUUCUCCAAUUUGAAAACCUUUCAACUGAUUAACUUGUUGUAUAAACACUUUAACCUCAGUUUCUUCCCUUACAUUUAUACUUUAUACCGUUUGGGACGGAACGUAUUUUCUCCAGUCUACUAUGGAUGAGGAGAGAGAGGAGGGGGGUCCUACCUCUAAGAGCGCUCUGUCCGGGGAACAUGGCCGUCGGAGCAAAGCUAAAAGCCCAGAGCAGCAGCAGAGAGCAGACUCCCCUGGACCCAGCUGUGUCUCCAGGAGGAGUGACAGGUCUAUGUAUCUUCCUCCUGACCAGUUUAAAGAUGGAAAUCACCAACCUCCUCAGAAAAGACACCAAGAGAGGCCAAUGGUUACCAGUGCUCAGUCUGUACAGCAGCAUCAAACAGAGCUGGAGAUGAACAAGAAGGAACUGGCUGACACACUGUGGGGCGGGGAGCUUCGAAGGAUCCGUACUCAAUUCGUGGAGAGAGUCUCAGACCGAGUUAUCAAAGGUCUCCUGGAUGACCUUCGGCAGCAGAAGGUGUUCAGUACAUGGGUAAAGGACUCUGUGAUGGAGGGGAGGACCAAAGAAGACCAAGCACGUUCUCUGAUCGACAUGGUGAUCGGUAAAGGGGAGAGAGCAAGUCAAGCGAUGAUUGAUAGUGUGAAGACGAGGGACGAACACUUAUGCUCCACCCUGGGUCUGAUGUCUUCUCCUGCCGGUGUGGGAUCUGCUGCUGUCGAGUGCCAACACAAAAUCAAGUCUCUUUUGAAAAAGAAGCUCUGGUGUGUGUUUGAGGGAAUCGCUAAAGCAGGACCUUCAACACCUUUGAAUGAGGUCUACACAGAGCUCUACAUCACAGAGAGAGGUAGUGGAGAGGUCAACCAGGAACAUGAGGUCAGACUGAUUGAAACAGCUUCCAGGAAACCGGCCAAGGAAGAAGCACCAAUCAGAUGUGGAGAUAUCUUUAAACCCUUACCUGGACAAGAUCAACAAAUCAGGACAAUUAUGACAACUGGAGUGGCCGGCAUUGGUAAAACCAUCUUAACACACAAGUUCACUCUGGACUGGGCUGAAGACAAAGCCAACCAGGACAUACACUUCACAUUUCUCCUCACAUUCAGAGAGCUGAAUUUACUGAAAGGGAACGAGUUAAGCUUGGUGGAACUUCUUCAUCACUUCUUUAUUGAGACCAAAGAAGCAGGAAUCUACAGAUAUGACCCGUUCCAAGUUGUCUUCAUCUUGGAUGGACUGGAUGAGUGUCGACUUCCUCUGGACUUCCAGAACAACCCGAUCUGGACUGAUGUCACAAAGCCGACCUCGGUGGACGUGCUGCUGACAAACCUCAUCAGGGGCAACCUGCUUCCCUCCGCUCGCAUCUGGAUAACCACACGCCCUGCGGCAGCCAAUCGGAUCCCUGCUGAGUGUGUUGACAGGGUGACAGAGGUGAGGGGGUUUGAUGACCCACAGAAGGAGGAGUAUUUCAGGAAGAGAUUCAGAGACGAGGCGCUGGCCAACACAAUCAUCUCCCACGUCAAGAAAUCAAGAAGCCUCCACAUAAUGUGUCACGUCCCAGUCUUCUGUUGGAUCACUGCUACAGUUCUGGGCGACUUCUUCAAAACAUCCCAGAUUGGAGAAAAGGUGCCCAAUGUCGUGACUCAGAUUUACAUCCACUUCCUUUGGAUUCAGUCCAGACAGGGGGACAGGAAGUACCAUGGGAGAGCUCAAACAGAUCCACACUGGAGUCCAGAGAGCAAGAAGAUCAUUGUUUCUCUAGGAAAACUUGCUUUUAACCAGCUGGAGAAAGGCAACCUGAUCUUCUACGAGGCAGACCUGGCAGAGUGUGACAUCGAUAUCAGAGCAGCCUCAGUGUACUCAGUAGUGAUUACCCAGAUCUUUAAAGAGGAGUCAGGGCUGUACCAGGACAGGGUGUUCUGCUUUGUCCAUCUGAGCCUCCAGGAGUUUCUGGCUGCCCUUUAUGUAUUUCUGUCCUUAAUCAAUGAUGGUGUCAAUCUGCUCGCAGAAGAACCACCCACCUUUCGAGAAGAUAAACUCCUCCUCCUCUACCAGAGUGCUGCGGACAAGGCCUUACAGAGUGAGAACGGACACCUGGACUUGUUCCUCCGCUUCCUCCUGGGCCUCUCUCUGGAGACCAAUCAGAUUGUCCUACGAGGUCUGCUGGGACAGACAUUAACUAGCUCACUGACCAAUACAGAAACAGUGUCUUACAUCAAGGAGAAGAUAGAAGGAGAUCUCUCUCCAGAGAGAAGCAUCAAUCUGUUCCACUGCCUGUAUGAGCUGAACGACCGUUCUCUAGUGAAGGAGAUCGAACAGUACCUGACAUCAGGAAGUCUCUCCACAGAAUCUCUCUCUCCUGCUCAGUGGUCAGCUCUGGCCUUCAUCCUACUGACAUCAGAAGAGGAGAUGGACGUGUUUGACCUGAAGAAAUACUCUGCUUCAGAGGAGGGUCUUCUGAGGCUGCUGCCAGUGGUCAAAGCCUCCAGAACAUCUCUGUUGAAUGACUGUCACCUGUCAGAGAGAUGCUGUGAAGCUCUGGCCUCCGUUCUCAGCUCCAACUCCUGUAGUCUGAGAGAGCUGGACCUCAGUACCAAUGAUCUGAAGGAUUCAGGAGUGAAGCUGCUCUCUGCUGGACUGGGGAGUCCACACUGUACACUGGAAACUCUCAGGCUCAAUGGCUGUCAUCUGUCAGAGAGAUGCUGUGAAGCUCUGGCCUCAGUUCUCAGCUCCAACUCCUCUAGUCUGAGAGAGCUGGACCUGAGUACCAAUGAUCUGCAGGAUUCAGGAGUGAAGCUGCUCUCUGCUGGACUGGGGAGUCCACACUGUACACUGGAAACUCUCAGGUUGUCUGGCUGCCUGGUCACACAGGAAGGCUGUGCUUCUCUGGCCUCAGCUCUGAGCUCCAACCCCUCCCAUCUGAGAGAGCUGGACCUGAGCUACAAUCACCCAGGAGUCUCUGGAGCUGCGCUGCUCUCUGCUGGACUGAAGGAUCCACGCUGGAGACUGGACACUCUCAGUGUGGAGCACGGUGGAGUGUGGAGGCUGAAAACAGCUCUAUACAAGUAUUCACCGUCAAAAGUGGAAAGCAGUAGCUCAGGGAUGAGUCUCAACAAAGACAUAGCAAGCAUGUAUUUGAUGGACAGGGAUGAUGAUGAGGGGAUGCACUUCAAGUCACAUUGUGAAGAAUGUAAAGCAGCUCAGCAGAGUCCUGAUUAUGAGAAGGUUACCCCAAGAAGGAUGUCUAAGUGGAGCUUCGAGGUACAGCUGGAAGGCGAGGGGACCUUUGAGUGUUCGUCUACAGGUCUGGUGUUUGAAGUGUCGGAGCAGGCUCUGGUCCGCUACUCGGUCCUGUCCUGGUUCCAAUUCUCUGAGUGCCUCAAGAACUCCUGGAGACCUGCUGGAUCGAUUUAUGAUGUGCAUGUGGUCGACAAGGAUCCAUCUGUGCUCAAGUUUAUCCAUUUCCCCCACUCUUUGUGCCUUGCUGAACCUGAGCAUGAGCAGAGCUUCAGUGUUCUGCAUGUAAAGAAACGGCAUGACAACAUUGAGUCGACGGUGGACUUCACGGCGAGCCAUGUUAAAUGGCGCGUGUCCUCGCUUUCUCCCAUGGGUGUCAUCAUUCCGAGAAGUCAGCAUGAGGAGCACCAGCCAGCACCAAAGCCAUCACUAAACCACGGUUUGGUGAUGGUUUACAAGGAGCUGGGCCACAAAAAAUAUUUUGUGUUUUUGUCCUUGAACACCCUGUCUGAGAUCAAGGAUAUUGAAGAACAGGUGCUCAUUUCCAGGAAGAAUGGCUUCAAGAUUACAGAAACAUUCAAACAUUUCACCUGUAGGCUGGAAGAAAAGUUCUACUGCCUCGAAAGUGAGCCAGAAGGACAGAUUGAUCCCCCGAAUCUAGAAUUCACCACUGCAGUGUUAGCGUUGAAAGGCUUAUUUGUAGCACGCUUCGGGAAUCUUCCUCCUUUCAAAUUGUUUCUCAAGGACACAGACUGUGACCAACCUUUUUUGAAUGUUACAAUCAGAGAAGAUGAUUGGCCCAGCGAGGAGAGACCAAGUCUAUGGAAUUCUAUUAUACGCUUUUUAAUCCGUUUUUUCUACAAUGUAAGUCAAUGACACUUCUGACACUUCAACUACUUAAGACAUCGUAACUAAAUACAUUUUCAACCGUAUACCUUCGUUCAAACCAUUUAUCAAAUCUACACACAGAAUUUCGAUAUCAUAUAUAAUUUAUUCAGAAUCAUUUAGUUUCAAAUCGCCUUUCGUUUUCAGUUGGUCUCAUGAUCUACGCUGAGGUAAGAGCGUGGAGGACGUGCAGGCAUUGUUGCCUGAUUGGGUGGUUUAUUAUGUGUUAAGCACUGUAUUAUGUCAUGCUAUCUACACAAACGAAAUGUCAUAGGAAAGCUGAGACUGAGAGUUCAACGGUACAAGCCUCAUCAUUUUGUGAGGUUAUCUCGAUUAACUAGAUGUGAAGGGAUAAGAUCAAUAGCAUACUUUUCCAAGAUACUACCGCACACACUCACUUCCGCUGUGCGUGGCUUAAUUAAAACAUGUUUCAACCUCACUUUGCACACACCACAUUUCCUGCAGGAAACUAUUUCCGAGUUAUUAUUGUUGAACGUUAGUUAUUUACUAAUUGAAUGUAGGGCUGCUCGAUUAUGGGAAAAUCAUAAUCAUGAUUAUUUUGGUCAAUAUUGAAAUCACGAUUAUUCAAACGACUAUUUUUGAUUUGAGAGCAUGUUGUAUUUAUUCAGUAUGUCCCUCCCAAAAAAAACUAACUGAGAACUUUGAAAUUUCGCCUUAAAGAAAUACACAAAAGGGUCAAAUGUAUCCAG